GUGGUUGGCUUACAGCACAGUAGGGAGCUUCCAGGGCUGGCUGGCGUGGGAUACCUGUACCACAGGAAUGCAGGGGUCAUCCCUUCUUCCAGGCCUCUGCUUUCUGCUGAGCUUCUUUGGAGCUGUGAUUCCGAAAAUCAAAGCUUCCUGUAACUGCCCCCCAAAUGCUUCCUGUGUCAAUAACAGUCACUGCACCUGCGACAGUGGAUAUAUUUCUAGAUCUGGACAGAAACUAUUCACAUUCCCCUUGGAGACAUGUAAUGGUAAAAUAUUAACGAAUGUGAACCACCCUAUAGUGUAUAUUGUGGAUCAAACGCCGCAUGUCACAAUGUCGAAGGAAGUUUCCACUGUCGCUGUGUCCCAGGAUACAGACUCCAGUCUGGGGAAGAACGAUUCAGUCAUUCCAAUGAGAACACCUGUCAGGCUGCAAAAGAUUGUGGACACAUUUGAGUCACUUCUCACCAAUCAGACUUUAUGGAGAACAGAAGGGAGGCAAGAAAUCUCAUCCACAGCUACCACUAUUCUCCGGGAUGUGGAAUCGAAAGUUCUAGAAACUGCCUUGAAAGCUCCAGAACAAAAAGUCCAGAAAAUACAAAACAGUAGUGUGGUUUCCUCAGGUCCCAGUGCCGUUGCCUUUAUCUCAUAUUCUUCUCUUGGAAACAUCAUAAAUGCAACUUUUUUUGAAGAGAUGGAUGAGAAGGAUCGAGUGUUUCUGAACUCUAAGGUAGUGAGUGCUGCUAUUGGACCCAAAAGGAACGUGUCUCUCUCCAAGUCUGUGACGCUGACUUUCCAGCACGUGAAGGAGGAGGAUCCCGUGCUGACUAUCAUCACCUAUGUGGGGCUGAGCCUGUCUCUGCUGUGCCUCCUCCUGGCAGCCCUCACCUUCCUCCUGUGUAAAGCCAUCCAGAACACCAGCACCUCGCUGCAUCUGCAGCUCUCGCUCUGCCUCUUCGUGGCCCACCUCCUCUUCCUCGUAGGGAUUGACCAAACUGAAUCCAAGGUGCUGUGCGCCAUCAUCGCCGGUGCCUUGCAUUAUCUCUACCUGGCUGCCUUCACCUGGAUGCUGCUGGAGGGCCUGCACCUCUUCCUCACUGCACGGAACCUGACGGUGGUCAACUACUCAAGCAUCAACAGACUCAUGAAGUGGAUCAUGUUCCCAGUGGGCUAUGGCAUUCCCGCUGUGACUGUGGCCAUUUCUGCAGCCUCCAGGCCUCACCUUUAUGGAACCGCUGAUCAAUGCUGGCUCCACCUGGACCAGGGAUUCAUCUGGGGUUUCCUUGGCCCAGUCUGUGCCAUUUUCUCUGUGAAUUUAGUAUUUUUUAUCUUGGUCUUUUGGAUUUUGAAAAGAAAACUUUCCUCCCUCAAUAGUGAAGUGUCAACUAUCCAGAACACAAGGAUGCUGGCUUUCAAAGCAACAGCUCAGCUCUUUAUCCUGGGUUGCACAUGGUGUCUGGGCUUCCUACAAGUGGGUCCAGCUGCCCAGGUCAUGGCCUACCUCUUCACCAUCAUCAAUAGCCUCCAGGGCUUCUUCAUCUUCUUGGUCUACUGCCUUCUCAGCCAACAGGUCCAGAAACAAUAUCAAAAGUGGUUUAGAGAGAUUGUAAAAUCAAAAUCUGAGUCUGAGACAUACACACUUUCCAGCAAGGUGGGUCCUGACUCAAAACCCAGUGAGGGGGAUGUUUUUCCAGGACAAGUGAAGAGAAAAUAAUAGAACUAGAACAUUCAACUCCAUAUGGAAAAUCAUACCCAUGGAUCUUUUUGGCAUUAUGAAGAAUGAAGCUAAGGACAAGGGACUUCAUUAGACAUAUCAUCCUUGGAGAGGAAGUAAUCAACCUUUACUUCCCAAAGUGUUUGUUCUGCAUAAUAGGCUCUCAAAAAAUGUGUGGUAAAUUGCAUUUCUCUUCA